UCCUCUACCUAUUUGCCAGAGAGCCUCGACGACAGACCUCCAGCCGCUCGUCGUCCUGCUGCUGCGCGAAGCCUCCUGUCGUCCGUCAGAGCCCGGGCUUCGUCCUGCCCACCUGCGCGGAUCGCUCCACCGGCCGGCUAAACGACUUCUUUUUUUUUUUUUUUGUUACCUCUUGGGGGGGAAAUUGAGUUUUUGUGAGCUUGCUUCUCCAGUCGCUCUUCAAGACAGAUGGAGAAAAUGGCCAGACCUCUUCCCAUAAACCCAACUUUCUUGCCGCCGACUCACGGCGUCCUGAAAUCCCUGCUGGAAAAUCCGCUCAAGCUGCCCUUCCAUCACGACGAAGGGUUUGGAAAGGAGAAGGAGAAGGAGAAGAAGCUCGAGGAUGAGAGCAGCGCGGCCAACCACCCCCAGUCGGCUUUCCUCGGUCCGACUCUGUGGGACAAGACCCUCCCCUACGAUGGAGACAACUUCCAGCUGGAGUACAUGGACCUGGAGGAGUUCCUGGAGGAAAACGGCAUCCCGGCGAACACGGCCCAGGGUGAGCAGGCCCCGCAGACGCCACAGGCCUCCAUGCAACAGGCCCCGCCCCCCGCGCCGCCCACGCCCUCCGUGGUGGACCUCAGCAGCCGCGCCACCACCUCCGUCCACACGGCCAUGGCGCCGCAGACCUGUCUGCGCAGCCCCAGCACAGCAGCUCUGCCCUCCUCCAGGGACACCCCCAGCCCAAUCGACCCCGAGUCCAUCCAGGUGCCCAUGACCUACGACCCCGACCCGGCCGACCUGGCUCUGUCCAGCGUGCCGGGCCAGGAGAUGUUCGAUCCCAGGAAGCGCAAAUUCUCCGCCGAGGAGCUGAAGCCACAGCCCAUGAUCAAAAAAGCCCGCAAGGUCUUCAUUCCUGACGACAUGAAGGACGACAAGUACUGGGCCCGGCGCAGAAAGAACAACGUGGCGGCGAAGCGCUCUCGGGACGCCCGGCGGCUGAAGGAGAACCAGAUCGCCAUCAGGGCGGGCUUCCUGGAGAAGGAGAACGCCGCUCUGCGCAUGGAGGUGGCGGACUUGAGGAAGGAGCUGGGCCGCUGCAAGAACAUUCUGGCCAAAUACGAGGCCCGGCACGGGCCCCUGUGAGCCCCACCCACCCCUGUUCGAUACCCACCGUUACCCACAAGCCCCCGCGUCAGUUUGAAGGACUACUGCCCCCCCCCCCACCACCAUAAGCUUUAGUUCCUCAUUUCCUGGUUUAGAGAUGAAUAUAUAUAUUUACACGUUGGUGAGGAGUCAUGAGCCAACCCACCUGAGGCCCCGCCCCUUUGAGAAACAGGCUUCACGUUCACACCAACUUUACAUGUGACCCCUCCCCCCAUAGCUGGUCAUGUUUGAUUUCCCAGCAGCACUUAUGUUUUUCAUCCUUUUGUGCAAUCCGGGCAUCCAAAUGCCUUUUUAAUGUUUUGUUUAUUUUCUUUGACAUUAAGCAAUAACUCGUGCCCCCCCCCCCCCCCCCCCCCUCCCCCGUAAACUAAGCUGCACUAAUGCGUGUCCCACAAUCCAUUGAGUCGUCGCCACGCUCUUCACGGUUCCUCAUAUUUAUCUCCCGAUUAUUUCUCAGAUGGAAGAUUGUUGUUUUUAUAUAAAAGUAUAAAUAUAUACAUAUUCUGUUGAUAUGAUUGUUAGUAUUGAAGCUCCUUGUUGUUGUUUUUAGCUCCUUUAUCUUCAGGUUUCCGCAUGAUCCUCUGUUGAAGUUAGCAUGACUAACCGCUUCAGGACACACGCCUGUCGUCUCUUCUUCGUGUUCGCCUUCAUUUUCAAGAUGGCUGAUUGAAUGUAAAGAUGGGGGGAGGGGGGGGGAUUAUUGGAUGGUGUUGUCCAAUACUGUGGUUAACCAAAAGAUUCUAUAUUGGUUACAAAAGAGAUAUUUAUAUAAUCCUAUUCUACAAAUUGUUGAUUUUUGUACAGUAUUUUUCCUACAUAUUACAGAAAUAUGUAUUUUAAAGGCAUAAAAAUCCAGAGAAUUAUUAAAGAGUGACUCAAAAUACGCUGGAAUUUUGAUAUUUUGCCGAGAUUUCACCCCAGACUUUGUGGGCAUUAAAGCAGACGACCUUUUUUGUUGAAACACUCCUCUUGAAAUCAGAUAUUGAGGCCCAGAAGAGACUAUUUUAAUUUAAAAAUGGCGAAGCGGUUCUGGUCAUUUUUUUUGUUUGACGUACGAUGACGGAGGGCGGAGUCUGCGGCUGCAGGGGGAGGGGGAGCGUGUUCUGAUUUGUGGGUCCAGAAGGAGAACAAUCUUCUUCUGGGUCUGGACCUGAUGUGUGUGGUAUGGAAGUCCAGAGGGGUCAAAGGUCAUGACUUAACUUUUCACUUGAUGUCUUCACAAGUUUGUUCUCUGAUUAUUAUCAAUAAUUUCCGACUUUAUUUGGGCAAAAUAAUCAAUUUUAUUCCGCAAAAAACAUCUUUUGGGGUCUAAUGAAUAGAUUCUUUUAAACAAACUAUUUUUUUAAAAAUCUCCUGAAAGUGUCACUUUGUUGAAUCAGCCAUAAAAACUCCAUUCAUUUUCCUGUUACCACGGUAACGGUGUUGGUUGCUAUAUGUAACUUUGCCGUGGAGGCAUGAAAAUUGACACGCAUAUUAAUCUGCCUGAAAUAUGAAAAAAACGUAAUGGUUGCUAUGGAGAUUUCCUUUUCGGGGUGGCGACCAUUGUGAAUGAAAACGUCUAGACGCGUGUCUGCUUUUGUCGUUUCCUCCGAUCAGACGGACGAGUGCGGUUAAAUGCGUCCUCUCUGGACUUCAAGUUCUUCACUUUCUAGAGCUCCUGACCUUUAACCCCAGCCCCCCAGCACUCAUACAUUCCAGUUUAGGACAGCAGAACGGUCCAGUUACAGGUGUGCGCGCCGACAUCUGACACUUUUAAGUUCCUCUAACCACCUCCAGACCCCCUCUGGUCGGCGAAGGCAGGACUGUCAGUUUGAGUGGCCCCUCCCUCGGGUCGGACCGGCUCCCUCUUCCUUCAGCCGUAUAGGAAAAAGCCAAUGAUAUUCCACGUGUGUCCCAAAUGUACGUCGCCGUCGUGUGACAUCGCUACCUCACCUGGAAAGAAAAGAGUCUGUUCCAGUGCCUUGAAGACACGCCCCCCCCAAGCCCCCACCCCCAUCAGCAGUCCAGAGUCACGGGGCCUAAGGGCUCCUGAGCGGAUUCGACCUUCUGUCGACCCCUGACCUCUGAUUUCGGACUCCUAACCAUUGUAUUCAUGGCAACACCAGCAGACUGUUAGGCAGCGUGAAGGUGGCGUCUGUCACGGCGUGGAUGCUCUACAUGUACUCGUGCUGUUCAGCCUCUCUGUCAUUUGUAGUGUCCAAUAAAACCCUGUUUAUUUUC